AUGACGAGUAUCAAUUUGGGAGCGGCAAUUUAUGUGGCCGUCAAACCGGUACUGAAGAUCUAUGUCAUCAUUGCAGUUGGCUAUCUGCUUGCGCGAUACAAUAUUGUUACUGUAGAAACAAGUAGAGGUGUUUCGAACAUGGUAGUUAAUGCUAUUCUACCUUGUCUUACGUUUAACAAAAUCGUCGGUAACAUCUCAGACAAGGACAUCAAAGAAGUUGGUGUCAUAGUUUUGACAGCUCUGUUAAUGUUCUGUACAGGAGGCGUUGUUGCGCUAUGCACGAAGUGGGCAACAAGGGCACCUCAAAGGUGGACUUGGGGCCUACUCUUCGCAGGAAUAUUCCCAAAUAUCUCAGAUCUUCCGAUAGCAUAUGUCCAGUCCAUGAAUACUGGCUCCAUUUUUUCCACCGAUCAAGUUAACAGGGGAGUUGCUUACUGCUGUAUUUUUUUGGCUUCUCAAAGCUUUCUGAUGAUGAACUUUGGGAUGUUCAGACUAGUGGGUCUUGAUUUCAGAGAGCAAACAAGCGAUGAAGAGCAUGGAAGUCAGGGAGUAAGUGACAGUUUAAGUUCGCAUAGUCUUAGGCGUCUUUCUUCGAAAAAGGAACCUGAUGCUCCUUCUUCGCUUAGAGAGCAAAGCUUUCCGAUACGCGAGAAUAGUCUCUCUGACAACGAGACUGGGGGGAUGAAGUGUCGCGACUACCCACAUCGGCUACCUCUGGCUCACACAGCCAAUCGUUAUUUCCCAGACCUCGAACCUGAACGAACCGACACUUCUGCCGUUUCGACUUUGUCAUCAGAGAGCUCCAUCUCGUGGGCCCCUUCUCACAAGACGGCUCCAGCAAUAUUACACAAUGUUACAAAGGGGCAAAUGACUCGUUGUCGGUCGUCUACAUGGUCAAGAGAAAGAAGAGGAAGCAUUCCUCAAACAACAGAGGAUAUUGUCAACGAGUACAGUGUUGCAAGCAGAAUGAAGUCAGGAGAAGUGGACCUUUCCAAACCUUUGUCGCUUACUCAAGAAAUAGGAGCCGUCGGGUCCCGCUCGCUGGACGACAAUUGUGAUUUGUGCGAAAACCUCACUCAGUCUGGAGGAAAUAUGUCCUUGAGGCAGACGAGAAGUCAGCUGGCGGCACAACCUGGUAAUAACAUUUCUAAGCUCGACUCGUUUAUUCAGAAAUAUAAAUUAGGAUGGCUCAUGUACAUUCUAGUCAACUUCUGUCGCCCAGCUUCGUUGGGCGCUCUGUUAGGCAUUAUUUGUUCAAUGAUUCCGUGGGUUAAGGCGCUAUUUGUUCAUACCGACGUACACAUGCAUCAGGCACCAGAUGGACAACCCGUGCUUAACUUUUUGAUGGACUUCACAGGCUACGUGGGGAACGCUUGCGUUCCUCUCGGUUUGCUUCUGCUUGGUGGUACCUUGGCAAGAUUAAAAGUGACGAGUCUUCCAAAAGGAUUCUGGAAAACAGUGGUUGUUAUGACAGUUUUUCGACUAAUGAUUUUACCAAUAAUAGGCGUCGCUUGGGCUAAUAAACUUCGGCAAGUCAACUGGCUUGAGAACGAAGUUGCUGUGUUCAUAACAGUCCUGACUUGGGCGAUGCCGAGCGCCACUGCACAGGUCUAUUUUACUGCAUUCUACACACCGCUAGAAGGAGAUCAUUUACAGAUGGACUGUCUUUCUGUUCUUUUCAUGUCACAGUACCUGGUCCUCUUUAUCACACUUUCCUUCGUAGUGACCUACACUCUGAAAGUUACUCUUAAACUUUAA